AUGAAAUUCACCACUAUCUUCACUCUCGCUACUGUCACCUUGGCUUUAAACUUGGAUCAAGUUAGAUUAAUCAACGACGAUGAAUUGGUUAUUCAAGACACUGAAUAUGGUUACCCAGCAAUUGUCAAUUUGAAAGAAGAAGAUUCUGAGGUUGAAGCUACCAAGAAAACCAAGUCAACUACCAAAGCUACUACUACCACUUCAUCUCAUGUCACUUCAGUUACUACCACCACUACUUCCCACUCAUCAAAGAAGCACUCAUCUACUUCGACUAAACACAAGACUUCAACUCACUCAAUUACCAAGACCGCCGGUGCUGAUGCCAUUGCUGCUAGUGUAGGUGGCCCAUUGUUGGUUGCUUUAGGUUUGUUGUUGUAA